UAUGAUUCAACUUGCUGCUGAGAGGCGACAACAACACGCUCCAGAUCCAAUUUACAGAUCACCGUUUGAGGCAUACAUCAGAUCGGCAUCAAUAUUUGAAGCUGGCUGACGGAAUUCUGACUGAGCCGCAGAACGAACACCCUCCUCAAUGCCAGCACCUCCAGGGGCCAAGAGCGGCGGCGGCAGUGGCGGCGACGGCAGCGGCGGCGAUGGCGGCGGCGGCGGCGGCAGCGGCGACGGCGGCGGCGGCUGCGGCGGAGUCGGCGACGGCGACAGUGGAGGCGGAGACACCGGGGAAGGGGGACGCGGCAAGGAUGGGCCGGGGGUACCACCAGAGUCAGCAGACUCCUCAACGGGGACAACCGACAGGAGGGGAGUGACGUGAGAGACACUAGACGGGGCAGGACGA